AUGAACAAACACGAGUCCCGCGUCGUGCGGCGACCGGCUCCCGUGCACGAUUCUAUUAAAAAGAUUUUCUUAUUCAAAAACGUUAAGGAAUUGAAUCGGAAUGGAAAGGAACAGUAUCUGGUGAUUAAUAACGAGGACAGGCACAGAAGGUGUGUUUACUUCCAGGAGCGCCCUGUCGAACGGCACGCUGUGGCUGGGCGCGUUCUCGGCGGCGCAGUACCGCAGCGACGUGCACGCCGCGGUGUACCGCUGCCGCGCCGCCAGCACCGCCGGCACCAUACUGUCGCGGGACAUGCGGCUCGAGGCCGGUCAGUCGAUAGCACUUAA